AUGAAACAAAUCAUAUCUAAUGUUUCAGAUAAUUUCCUCACAGAACCUCGCUCCUCAUAAUAAUCAUGCCAUGUUAUCAAAUCAAAGCCUCUCAUAACAUAUACACCUCUACAAGUAAACAAACCCCAAAAUUUGAUUCAAUCCUUAAAUGGAUUAUGCAAGUACUUUAAUAAAAAAGAUGAGAUGAAGUAGAUAACUUAUUUUGCUCCUAAAAGUGUUUAGAGAUCCUCUGCAUCUUUAUCUCCAAGAUAAAUCAUUACAAAUAGCAUCUCAGAUAACAGUCCUGUAUUGGUCAAACAACUCCUUUGCAGCUAAAAGUAUCUGAAAGAGAAUCUCAAUCCCAAAGAGGGAAUCAGCAUUACCGAAUUUAAAUCAGUAACUCAAUUAAUGUUACCUUUUUAGGAUCAGAAAUUAAUGAAAGUUAAUGAUAGUAGUCAUAAGAGAAGUAUGGGUAGAUUCGCCAAAAAUCAGAAAUCCAGAAAUGCUUCUGUUCAAUAUCAUGAAGACUGGAAAUCGAAAUAUGAGGACUUAUAACAGAGCUUAUGCCAACGCAUUCAAUAAUUAGAAAAUGAACUUGAGGAUAUGGAGAAGAAUAGGAAGAUCGACAGGAUGCACUCUGACGAAUAAACAAACUAAUACAUCGAACAAUUACAAUCUAUUAUUGCAGAGAAAGAUCAAGUGAUUUAUUAAAUGGAUUAAAAACAUUAAGAAUUAGAAUAGAUAAUUCAAAAGCAAUAAGAAGAACUUGAUAAAUACCAAUAAUAAGAUAAACCUAGAUAUUGUGAUAAUCUCGAAAUUAAAAGAUUGUACAUGGUAGAUUAAUAAUUUCAAAAAUUAAAAGGAUAGCUUCCUGUAUUAGCAUCUACACUUCGGAAUAUAGAACAAAUAUUGGAUACAUCAUAAGCUUAAUAAAAUAAUCUGUCUUUGUCUUCAGUUUCUGUGGUUGAGAUGAUUAAUGAAAUGAACCAAGGCAUUGGACUUGGUAUUCAAAACUCAAAUCGAAAUAAUGAGUUAUUGUUUCGCAACAUUUCUGAAAGCAAACCAUUCAAUUUGUCUGAUAUUUUAUCAAGAAAAAAGCAAUAAUGA